GAGGCUUAGUGCUGCAUAUUUUAUUGUCCAAUUUAGUAGAGUGAUCUUCACUAUAUCAUUGAUACUAUUUUCCUCAUAAAGAGUGCGUUUUUAUUCUGUAUUUGUUGUAUUUCUCAAUUUCAACUGAAAAAUGUUCAUGGUAUAUACACUUAACUUGCAUGUAUCCAAUUGGUUUUUGAGACUUGAGACGUGCUAUUGGUAUAUAUUUCUUGUUUGACCUUGCUUUCAUGUCUGAUGCUUAGUUCUUUUAUUAUUCUAUACAUUCAAGUGCUUUCUAAUGGUAAUGUCAGUUUGGCGUAUAAAAAUAGAGCAAGUGCAUAUAAAUAAUAAUUUAUUAAUAAAAAUGGUGAAGUGUGGAAUUUAUACUGUAUUUCGAUGUAGUUUCACAAAUGUGGACAUAUUAGCAAAGAAAGUGCAUGCCCACAUUUAUACAGGUGCUGACUUUGAUUAUAUAAUUCAAAGUAUACCUAUAUAUACAUAUCUAUACAUUGCAGCACCAACAUGCAUAUUUAGGUCUUCAUAUAACCGUCGCUUUUGAAUUAUCAAAGGUGUUACAAUGCUUUCAUAUUUUGAAACUAGCUAUGACUUAACAGUUUGCUAAGUCGCUUUGAUUAUUAAA